AUGGCGCUGGUGAUGAUGGCGAGUCAUGGUGAAUCUCCCCAAGUUUUGAGAGCUAGCUCAGCCGCAAGUGUUGGUGCUGGUGUUGGUGAAACCACUACUACUUCUUCUUCUUCUUGUUCUUCACCUUGUUCUUCUGCUGCUGCUGAAUCCAACUUUCGGGAACUUGAUGAUGUCUUCUUGCAGACUCAAGCAAGGAUAUGGCUUGGAGAAGUUCUUCAGACAAGAUUAGAUGAGCAGCUUCAUAUUGCUGAUUUACUUGCUGACGGGGAGUUGCUGUUUGAAGUGUCAAGAGCAUUAUGGAAAAUGUUAUCGACAAAGCAUACGGAACUAAGAUAUGUAAAAGCAUAUAAAUAUGAGUCUUUUGCUGGGAGCAGGUAUAUGCCUUAUUCUAAUGUGGAUUCAUUUUUAAAGGUCUGCAAAAUCUUGGGAUUGGAAGGCAUAGAUCUGUUCUCCCCAUCAGAUGUUGUUGAGAAAAGAAAUACAAGAAAAGUUUGUAUGUGUAUACGUUCUGUUUCAAAGAAAGCAAGGUCUAGGCAUUUAAAUGUUCCUGAUUUUGAUAUUGUCACUUAUACCAUAGCUAUGCCAACGAACAUGGUUGGAAAUAUUCGAAGAACCUUGGAGUUGUCACAUUGUAGCUUCUCCAGCUCUGCUACCACUUCACAACAGGAAUCAAGACAAAGAUCCAGACUGAAACAUUCAAAUACAACUUCUGGCAGAAAUGAUGAUUCGUAUUUUGAAGAGUCUCCUGAUGUGGAAAGUGCUUUUAUGCUCGAAUCUGCUAGCUCAUGCAGCAGUUGCUCUAAUGAUAUUUCAUCUCCCACGAACUCUGAUUCAAUAUAUUCUCCGGGAGUCAAAGGUUAUCCCUCUGAACAAUUCUCAUUAGAAUUAGAAAAUGAAGACCUACAUAGAGGCGAAUUCAGUAAAUGUCAAUGGCAAAAAGACUGUUUAAAUGAAUCAACAAGAUCUCUUUGCUCAAAACAUUUGGAGAAUGAUCAUCAGUUGGAUGGUGGGUUAUCUCCAUCUUUUGCUGAGUCUAAUAUUUGUUUAGGUAGUAGGUCAUUUCAUACAGAAGAUGGAGCUACACACAGCUGUGGAAAUAAUGGAAUAGACCUGAUUCAUGUUGAUCUUAGUUUAGAAGAUGAUGCCUUAGUAGUGGGGGAUUCUGGGGAUUGUAGCACACCUAGAAGAAACCAUAGUGAUGAUGUGGAAGUGUCUUCUAUUGCCAGCAUGAGUUCUGUAUCAGGCCCUGUGCGGAACUUGAAUUUUGAGGACCAAUUAGAUGCGGAAGAUGAUUUUAAAACCAUCUGGUUUCCUGAAUCACCAAAUAAGAAGGUGGCUUUUUCAGUCAAGAAGCCUACAGAAAGAUUUGAAUCUCAGGACAAGGUCAUAUACUACAAAACAGGGGAUAGUUUAACAACAGACUCUGAAGAAGAAUCUCCUUUUGACAUGAAAGUCAUGGAUAUUGGCUUCUCUUCCAAGCUUUCUGUACCCAGUUCAAAUGCACAAACCGAACAUUCAGAUCAUGCUUUUUUGCAUAAGAAUGACAGCUGCAUGUCUCAAGUAAAUACAGAUCUUGGAUAUGGUGAAGACAGAGAGUUGUUUGCUGAUUGGUCCUCCUUUUCACAUGAGUUUCAUCUAUGGGAUCAGAAGGGAAAAUGUAGAAUUUCUGUCGUACCAACUAGAGCUUCACCUUUAUCUCUUUCAUGCGUAGAUUUACCAGAGGAAAAUCUUUAUUCUGUUCAAAGCAAACUUGCAGGAGAUGGCCAUGCCUUAUGGCCUGUGAACACGAGCAUCAUGUACAUUGUUGGAGAUAAUGACACAGAGGAACAUAAUGCCACCAUGGUUGAAUCAGACCCUGAUAAUAAACAGCCAAAUAAAUGUUUACAAACCACUUGGUUUAAUAGCAUAGAAAACGAAACAUACAAGGAAUCAGAUUCCCCGGACAGCAUCGCAGCAAUGGUAGAAAGUGAAAAAUCUCGUGAAUUUGACAGCAGGGAGGAUAGUAGUGGUUUUCAGCACCUCUGUGAUACUUAUGUUUUUUGUAGCCAAGGUGAACAGAUACCAGAUGAGCUUAUUUGCUCAACAACAGAAUACUUGGAAAAUGUGGGGGAAACGAGUGGUCAAGUGUCUAUAGAGAAGAAGAAGGAUAUGAUUUGUUCUACAGAAAAUAAAGGCCAGGUGGAUGAUAAAAAACAUGAAAAAGUGCAGAUUCCAGCAAUUGAGGAUUCAAAUGUAACCGAGAAUCUAAGUGUAGGAAAGGCGGACUGCAAGCCCCCAAGGAGGCCAUUCCUUAAAACUUUUGCAAAAGGAACUGCAGUUGUUGGUGUGCUGCUGUUUUUGCUUCAUUUCAGGAAAAACGAUAGAGAGAAAACGCGGGGAUCAGUUAAGAAGCCUAAUCAACCACAGAAAGCAAAUGGUCUGAACUUCUCAUCACCAAAGAACCAAAAGGGAAGAAGAACGGACGGGUUGUAUCCAGCUGAAAAGCUUAGAUUUGGUAAUUAG